UGUAUCCGCCAUUUGAACAAUCGUGCUUGCUGUUUGGUUUAGGUGCUUUGAUUUUAACAGGAUUUUUACACAGAUUGUGACUUGCUGGACCACUUGGAGUACCCACGGGGCCGGCACAUACCCUAUAGCCCCCGAUGUGGCUAAUUUCUAGCUGAUUUGGCUCCAGUUGAAGUGAAAAUUCGAUGGAGACCGACCCCAAACCGAAUCGCAAUCAGCGAAAUCGACGCCGCGAGAGGGCUCAUCAGCUGCAUGAUAAACAGAAUGAAGUGGAAGAGAGUGCGGACGAAUGUGACGAAUCCCCUCCCAGAACAAGUAAGGACAAGGGGAGGGGGAAACACAGGAGGAGGAGGAAUAGCUCUUCAAACUCAUUCGAAGAGGAUAUCAUAGACGGAUUCGCGAUCGUCAGCUUCCGGACCAUCGAAGAAUUAGAGAAUGUUGUUAAAACCCACAACCACUUCAAGCAGUUCAAAGAAAAAGAAGUGCCAAACAACAUAUUACCCAAAGAAAAACCAAAACAUGUCAAGAAGAAAUCCAACCGAAAGCAAAACCUGAACCAGAACACUCCCGCUGCCAGUGACGAGUCCCAGACAGCAGAGGAAGGGGACACAGGAGACAAGCCACAAACCAAUGGCCCCACCCACCCGUCACGCUGCCCCACCCACCCGCCACGCUGCGUGUCCCGCGACAGACUCAGUGAUACAAGUACUCACUCAAGUUCGGGCCAGGGAUAUAUUCCGGAAUGUGACAGUGCUUCUGACGAUGAUAAGGCAUCUGAAUCUGGUUCUGACCUUUUCACUGCAGUAAAACUCAAUCGUUCUAUUACCGAGUGCCAAUAUCCAUUAUUAUCUGUGACACCACCACCAACUACCACCAUCUGCAAUGGCACCACUGUUACCACGCCGACCACAACCUGUGGUGUGACUACUGCAACAACAACAACUGCCACGUGCAGUACCCCCACAACCACUGCGGCAGCAACCACCCUAUGUCGGCCGCUGUCACAACCCCUUGUUUCACCAGUUGUCGUCAGUCAGCGGCCCUCGCCGACCCCCCCACCCGCACUACCUCCAGCCCCACGCAAAUCCCCUGUGCCACACUCAAAGACUCGUGCUUCGCCGGCACCCAUACAAGGCUGUGUUAAUAGGGACCAAGAUCCCGCGAGGCACUCCGCAGUUCUGCCGAGGAGGGACGAACAUAUACGGAGAGAGGAACACUUGCGGAGGGAGGAGCAUCUGAGGAGGGAGGAGCACCUGCGUCGUGAAAACCACUCCCGAGAACGAGAACAUUCCAGAGAGAGGGAGAAGGAACUGUUGCAUCACCCAAACAACAUCUAUCCAUCUCCGAUUGCUUUCUCCAAACCGUCACACAUUUGGGCUAACUCUCCCGCCAGUCAGCUGUACAGUCACUCACCUAGUCUUCACUCCCCCAACCUUCAUUCCCCUCUUCACCAUUCCUUGAACUCACAUGCCUCACCCUUCAGCCAUCCUGCAGGAGCACUGCCACACCCCCCAAGUGCCCAUCCAGCAUCACACAGCAUGUUCGCACCUCCCAUACCGCCAGGACCAUCACCACUGACAUCAACGGCUCUCACUGUUCCCGGAAGCAAUCACUUUGGAACAGAAAGUCUCAUAAGAAAUCAAGAUUUCCUUCACCAAGAUUUGACCAACCGUCUGUUGGCCCACAACCGGGAAACGGGCAGCACGCCUUUAGGAUCAUCUCCAUACCUGCGCACCGAGACUCAUCAACAUCAGCAUCAGCACUCACACCUCCACAACCACCAGCACAUGCAUCAACACACAUACACGGGGAUUGGCCCGCCACCUUCCCUUGUUCCAACACCUCCACCACAUUUGUUUGAUAAAAUUCCAAAAGUUUAUGAAUCGGGUAUUUUUCGGCCAAAUGCAAGUGGGCUUUUGCCAUCUGCAUCGGCUGCGCCGUACCCAGGAUUUUCCUCUCUGAUUCCUGCCGGCCCGUCGGUAGGCCACCUCAGCUCAGGCCUGCAUGGAGCAUUUCAGCCAAAAGUGCGGACGCUCGGACCCCCAAGUCAGGGUAUGUUUCCCCGCCUCGACCGAGACAAACCGGCAGUCCCCUCGGCAGUGACGUCCUUGCCCCAGCAGAAAAAGCAGGGUAAGUGGUGUGCAGUGCACGUGCGUGUGGCGUGGGAGAUCUAUCACCACCAGCAGAAGCAGCACCCCGAGAAGGGAGCCGAGUUGAAGCCAGGGGAGACGCUCCGACCUCCUAGUCACCUCCUGCCUGGCUCCACACUCCCCUUACACCGUCCGCCCGAGCUGGGGCCAGGCACACCCGUCUCCAUGUUUGGUGGAGUGAAUCCCCAUCAGAGGAACAUACUGGAAAGUCAUGGUGCAAAUGCUUUAUACAAUUCUGGUUUGCCACCAUUUCCCAGACCUGCACCAUAUCCUACUCUUGGAGGCACUCUUAGUUUUGGAGGAUUGGGGAGUAGUUUGUUAAAUAGUGGUCGUGAAAUGCCACCAGUUCCUGGAAUGGCAUCGCCUCAUGAAUGGAACCGGCUGCAUCGAACUCCAUCAUCAUUCCCUCAACUGGAACGAGAGGCCGAGCGUGAUCGGGAAAUUGAGCGAGAGAGGGAGAGAGAGCGAGAGAGAGAAUUAGAGAGGAGGAAAGAAGAGGAAAGGGAACGGGAAAGAAGAAAUGCAGAAAGUCAAGACAGACUCAAAAGUUUGGAAUCUGAGCGAUCACGAGAUCGCUACAAAGAUCACGAACCCCGGCGAUCCAGGUCUCGAUCUCGUUCCCGAUCGCCAAUGCGGAAUGGACGUAUUGACCAUCUGAAACUAGACCCCGGUUUACUGGACAGGCGGUACGAGGACAAACUGAAGGUGAAGGAGGAGCGCAGGGAGGAGGACUUCAUUACCAAUAGCCUAAACAAUAAUUUCGAGAGAGAGAGAGAAAAGUUUAUUCGCAGUAAUUUAAUGGGCUUUGGCCAGCUUCACCCAGCUGGCCCAAUGUCUAUGGGCUUAAGUGUGAACAAUAUGAUGCUGGAUCGUAGCCGCUUUCUUGGACCUACCUAUUUCCCUAUGGAGCGGCCUAGCAAUCCUGCCUCUAUGUGGAACCCAUUUGAUAAAAGUAUUGCUAUAAAUCAGCAGAUGGAGAUGGAGCGGGAGCGUAUGGCCCUCAGGCUGGGUGCUCCAAUGGCAGUCAUAGAGCAAGAGAGACUCAAAGAACAGAUUAUGAGGGACCAUGAAAUGGAGUUGAGGCGGCAGUAUCUGGAGCGUCUGCCGCCAUACGACCGCGAGAGGUUAGCCUUUGAACAGAGUAAACUCCAGCCCCAGUUCAGGGCAGACCCACUGGGUCUUGUUCACUAUCAGCGGACUAUGAGUCCCCUAACUCAUAACCACGGCAGCAAAAAUGGCUCGCCCGCUGUGAUUCCGGGUGUGCCCCCUCCGUUAAUCCCAUCGGCCAGUGCGACGCGGCCACACAACCACAGUAACUCUCCUUCCAGCAGUAAGUUGAAGGGCUGCAGCCCGGCAGACAGUACCAGUGAGCACAAGGACAAGAGAGACACCAGCUCCACAGACCCAGACGCUCAUUCUCGGUGAACACGAAUCGGUUCCUCUAGUGCUCUGUGUUGUGCUUUAUUCAGAAGAUGUGGAUAUUUCUCUCUUCUUUUAAAACAAAACAAAAAAUCAACUUGUCCAACAACAAAAAUGAUGAAAACAAAAGUGCUGUUUUAAAAACAAUAUUUUGGCAUUAGAUUAAUGCUCAAAGAGGAUCUAAUGCUAUGGCAUCAAUAUGUGAUGGGCGAUGUGUGUGUGUGUAUUUUCACAGGUAGAAUCAUUUCAUGGCUGUUACGAAGAAACAAACCAACAUAUUUCUGUGGUUCAAAACAAACUGGUUCUAUGAAUAUUUUUCUGAAUUAGGGUGUGAAAAAUGUGGAAAGAUUAUUUAUGCACACAAACGCCCAUGAUAUAUAUAUAUAUGUAUUGCCAAAAUCAAAUUGGUGAAAGCUAUGCGGUAGUGAUCAUUCCAUAAUCUUGCAGUGGUAUUACAAUAGCAAGUUUAAUGUGUGGAGCCUUACCUUCAGGAUAAUGUGGCCAACACGGACAUCUAUUUCAAUUAUAUUGAAGCAUUCAAUGCUUUUUGUGAAACUUUGUGACAUUUGACUAGAAGCCCCUGUUCAACAUUUUCAAUCAUUAAAAAAACUGGCUAGAAUCUGACAAUUCAGAGCCAUUGAUGGGGAAUGUUAGGGGUGAAGGGGUUAAUGGUAAGAUGGCUGCCAUGUUAGAACAGUCCACUGAAGAAGGACAUAAGCAAUGAUCUCUGUUACAUAUGGUUUGCGUCAUGGUCUCAAACCGUGGCACCGUGAUAUAUUUUGUGGAUAGAUCUAUAGGACUUGUGUGUUUGCUGACUGGUAACACAGUAUAUGCAAUAUUUUAAAACAUGCAUUUGACCACAGUUUGGAAACCUUGUCUGUUGAUGGCCUAUAAUCAGUUUUGUUUUAUUCUGUUGUAAUUGAUGCUUACUUUAUCCUAUGGAAACUAGUAUAACUUUGAACAGUCUUCAGCAAUAAUGUGAUACUGCAUGCGAGUGUGUGUAAAUCAGAUGAACAUUGUAGAUGAGUGUGAUAAUCCUACCAAUGUUACCAUGAAGGGUGACAUACAAGUUCCAUUAGUCCAGUUCAUAACACUGAGUGCAAUGACUGUUGGUCUACUUGUACAAAACAUAAUAUUUGGUCCAACAUUUUAUGAAAAUAUUUGCUUCUAUCUAUAAUAUAUUAAUUAUCUAACUCGCAAUGCUAAUUCAUGUGAUUCAUCUAAGCUACAUUCAUUAUUUUCGACUUAAUAACCACUUGUGGCAAGGAGAUAUAGAUUACAGUUUGUGUGGUGCGCUUCAAUUACUGAAUGCAACACUGUAGAUCUAUAGAGCUUGCAUAAGAUAAAGCCACAUCUGGUAAUUAUGUCCAAUUUAUAUCUUUGUAGGAGGAGUAGUAGAUGAUAUUGUAAAGUCCAAAUCAAAAUUAUACCUACCAUUUUUUGCUUGUUACACACAAUUCAUGAAAAUCCAUUGAAUGAAAACCUGAAUUUUUAUUUUUUGAUUACAUAUUAUUACUACAAACAAAAGGCAUAAUAAACAUCAAGUGCGCUUAUUAUAUAAAAAAAAAAGUUAAGUUCAUAAUAUCAUAAAACCUACAGACUUCAAAACAGCCUAUAACAUGUAUGGUACACUAAGGGUAUGUUUGACUGUAACCAGUUGUAAUAAUACAAUGUUAUAGUUUAUUUCAAAUUUUCUGUGCUUAUAUAGUCAUUUAAAUGAAGGAACAUUUUCGUAUUUUUUUUAUCUUUAUUAUGUCUUUUGUUUAAAUACAGGGGUGGCCGGGAUGUAGCUCAGUGGUAGAGCGCUCACUUGAUGCACGGUCGGUCUAGGAUCGAUCCCUGUUGGUGGUCCCAUUGGG